CGCAUGAGCGCUUUUAUUUCGUUUUCCAGUCAAACGACAGUAAAUGCAAUAGUAUUUCCGUUUACGACCCUUUAGCGAGGUAUCACUGUUUCGGAUGCGAGUGCACCCAGUUUGAGUCAUUGUUUCGCCCAGCCCGUAGUGCACAGUGCACAGUGCUCAGUGCUUAGUGGGCAGUGGGCAAAUGAAUUGGCAUUGCUAUUGGACGGCUACUCAGUUGCUCGUAGUCUAAAAUCCGAAGACGACGAUGGCGGAAGGCGCACUUCCCAAUCCGCCCACAGUGGGCGUGAUGUGCAUCGAUUUUGCCACGGGCCUGCAGAGGAAUUUUCCUGGGGAAUUCCACAGCUAUAUAGCCGCGUCGUAUGUCAAAUAUUUGGAGGCAUCCGGCGUCCAUGUUGUGCCCAUUUGGAUCGGUCGAGAUCGAGCUUACUAUGACUUGAUGAUGAGUCAGUUAAAUGGCAUCCUUCUGCCAGGAGGAGCCGUAUUCAUCGACGAGGCUGAUAGGCAAGCGAAUCCGGAUCUGAGCAGCGAUUGUGUCCGGAGUGCCGAGCUCAUUUACCAACUAUCUAUGGAGCGUAAUCGGCGGGCGAAGAAACUGGAUGAUCCUGGCGGAUACUUUCCAGUUUGGGGAACUUGUCUUGGCUUCCAGUUGCUCCUUAUCCACGCCGCCGAAGCACCGAGUAUUCGAAUCGGCUGCCAGCCCAUGAGGAAAGCGAUGCCAGUAAAACUAGCCGAUGACUAUCAACAUUCACAGCUCCUUGGAAGUCUGCCGAAGUCAGUUGCCGAUGAGAUGGAGAAGCACCCAUUUGCCUGCCACCAGCAUCGGUAUUGCAUCACCAAAGAGAGUUUGCAAGCCUUUGGAUUGGCUAAGGAUUGGCAUCCUCUAGCCACUCAGAAGGAUUCUUCAGGCCUGGAAUUCAUCACAAUUGUCGAGCACCGGCAUUUUCCCAUCUUUGGAUGUCAGUUUCAUCCAGAGCGCGCUGCGUUUGAGCAGCUUUUCAUGACGGAGGACAAAUCUCACAUGGCGCAUUCCCAUAUUGGUAUCGAGUUGGCACAAAUCUUCGGCAGUCGGUUUGUUGACUUCUGCCGCCGAAACAGAAAUCAGUUCAGUGCCGAAUUAAAGUCUCGACACCUCAUUUGGAACUGGCAGCCCGUUUUCUCUGGUAAGUUCAAGGACUCCAACUGGCUGCAGGCCUAUCUUUUCGAGAAGAACGUGGACUACUUGGAGGACCGAAACGAGGCUGAGGAGCUCAUCUCAUCUUAAGCUUUGAUACACGAGGGCUUAUGCAAGUAAACUAUUUAAUAAAUUCGAAUUCAAUGAGCCGGACUUUUAA